CCUAUUAUGGCAUAGUAUGACCUCGGAGAGUUGCAUCGGGAGCUCUGUCUCCGCUUCGCGGAGCCACUUCGUCAGUCGAUAAUGCCGAAGAGCCAGAGUAUACAGUGCAAUUGACAACUGAAAUUGUGCUCACUUCUUUUUGCCAUUGGCUUCUUUUUCGCCUUGGCGAGCUGAGUUUUAUCGUCGACACGUUCUUGGACGCCUCGUGGCUGAGGAAAAGCCUGAAAAUGUUUCCAUCAAUGUGCAGACAUGUCUUGAGGCCUCGCGCCUCGCAAUCAGUGCGCAAUGCCUUUCGCACGAGCAGGGCGAGAUCUCUUCACGCGCCAGCAGCAUUUAAUUGGAAGGAUCCUCUCGGUGCAAGCAAUAUGUACACGGAAGACGAGUUGGCCAUAGCGGAGACAGCAGAGGCAUAUUGCCAGGAUAGGCUACUUCCCAGAGUGUUAGAGGCAUACCGCCAGGAAGAUUACGACAAGAAGAUUCUUGAGGAGAUGGGUGAGCUAGGUCUAUUAGGCGCAACUAUCAAAGGCUACGACUGUGCGGGCGUGUCAUACGUUGCCAGUGGCUUAAUAACCCGCGCUGUUGAGCGUGUGGACUCCGGUUACCGAUCAGGCAUGUCAGUACAAUCAUCGCUCGUGAUGGGGGGAAUUGACGAGUGGGGCACGCAAGAGCAGAAGGAACGCUUUCUACCUGGCCUUGCGAAAGGGAAGAUAAUAGGUUGCUUUGGGCUGACCGAGCCUAAUCACGGGUCUGAUCCUGGAAGCAUGGAGACUAUUGCAAGGAGGCAUCCGAAUCAAAAGGGAAUGUAUCUGCUCAGCGGUAGCAAGACAUGGAUCACAAAUAGUCCUAUCGCAGAUGUUUUAAUGGUAUGGGCCAAAUUGGAAGAGACGGGGAAGAUUCGUGGAUUUUUGGUUGAACGAAGCAAGUGCCCCCCGGGUACACUGGAUACGCCAAAGAUUAAAGACAAGAACGGGCUACGUGCAAGCAUAACUGGGAUGAUCCAGAUGGAUAAUGCGCCUGUGGCCGAGGAGAAUAUGUUCCCCAGUGUAGAAGGCCUCCGCGGUCCGUUCAACUGUCUUAACUCUGCCCGCUAUGGGAUUGCUUGGGGCGUGAUUGGCGCGCUGGAGGACGCCAUAGCCCGAGCAAGAGAUUAUGCUCUGGAACGGAAGCAGUUCAAGGGCAACCCUCUUGCAAAGUACCAGCUCGUUCAGAAGAAAUUAGCCGAUGCCUCAACGGAUGCAGCCUACGGUAUCGCGGCGGCGCUCCAGGUCGGGAGAUUGAUAGACCAGGGCAAUGCAGCGCCAGAAAUGAUCAGCAUGAUCAAGAGGCAGAAUUGCGAUCGUGCUCUUGCCAAUGCCCGCACUUUGCAGGAGAUUUUUGGCGGAAACGCUGUCAGUGAUGAGUACCACAUUGGUCGGCACGUGGCGAAUCUGUUUGUAACGCAAACAUACGAAGGACAGAGUGAUAUUCAUGCAUUAAUUCUGGGUAGGGCCAUCACAGGCGUGCAAGCAUUUGUGUAACGUAAUAACAGAAUAUCUUGAUUCUGUGAGGAAAAAAAAAUCUUUCACCCAAGACUGGCGGCUUUCCAUCCUGUGUAAGAGUAGAGUCAAAACUACAUUCUGUAGGAGAAUGAUCAGUCCGGUCAGGCAAGCGCCGUCAAUCCACUAUUAACUUUGUUCGAUAUAGCUAUCCAAUUGCAAUGCCCUAUAUUACACGCAAACAAAACUCGCUCAAAGACCUGGACAAUACCAAAGCGUUUAAUCUACGAUGAAUCUUCCUUCGCUAAUACUCUUUGCAAGCUCGCCACACUCAUCCAUCGCCGCCCGCCACCUGAUCGAUCUUCUGCGUCGAGAACAAGAUUAUUGCCUACAGCAGAAAAUCAACAAAACCACCACUUCACCACUUCGGAAUGAGUUCAUUACUUGGCAACUUAUCCACGUCCAGCACUUUCUUAGUGCCUUCUACACCUACAAUGGGGAGCUUCUUGCACCCCUUGCUCUUCAAUGCCUGUGAUACCGUCUUGUUCGUAGGAGGUACACCCGGAAGGAUCCAUGGCAUCUCUACAGUGUGCUUGAAGGAAACGACGAACUCAUCGACGACCCUGUUUACCCCUACUGUUCGGGAUACGAGCUGCACUCGCAGCGAAGGUGGAUUUCCAGGUAUGAAGAAGUCGUGGUAGAAGUGAUAUAGAGCGCGCUUGCCAAUGCC